GUUGUCUUGGCUCAUUGGCUGUGGAUUCACAGAGAGAAGAUAUCACCAGAGUGAUUCAGAGAGUCUGACUGAAGGCUCGGCUCCACCAGGAGGGAACGCUGAGGGGCUCUGGGCUCAUAGCUGUGGACUUCCAAGAGCAGGAAGGACAGAAGACAUUUCCAAGAAUCUUCAUCAGAGAGAGAAAAGGAAAGGGAGAGCAUCACAGAAUUCAACCUCAUGAUUAAAAUGCACUCCUCCAGACUCCCCCUCAGUGUGAAAGUGGAUUCUGAGCACUUGAGGUCAGUGGGAUUUGGGGAAGACAACGGGAGCAGGCUUCUGCCCAGGCCUUGGAAGCUCAUCUUUCACCUACAAGGAUCCAAGUUGCAGACCGGACAGAAGACUUUACUCAGACAAGGUCAUUCAUUCACUCGGUAGACCUAGAGGAGUAGAAGACAUUGGAUAGAAGGAAAGAGGAAAGACCCAGAGCUAUAAACAAAGUGAACUUAACUUCUCUUGGUUUCUCUGAUUCAUUUUAGGAACCUCAAAAUGAAAUUACAGGCAUUUUGGAUUUUGAUUUGAGGAUCAUCACCACCACACAGGUGUAUCUCACAUAGGAAAAAAGAUCUGGUUGGGAUCCAGCAAUGAAUCUCAUUGAACACUCUCACUUACCUGUCAUGGAUGAAUUUUCUCUUUCCAGUAAUUUAUUUGGUGUGCUGACCGAGCAAGUGCCAGGCCCUCUGGGACAGACUGUAGAAGUGGAACCAUACCCCCAGUACAACAAUGUGCCUUUUCCCCAAGUCCAGCCCCAGGUCUCUCCACCACCCUACUACUCCAGCCUGAGUCUCUACCCGCAGCAACCUGAUGAGUGGUACCCCCCUGCGCUGUAUGAACUCAGGCGAAUGCCCGCAGAGACUGUCUACCCAGGAGAGGCUGAGGCCACAGAGAUUCCCGUCACCAAGAAAGCCAGACUGAGCGCGUCAGCAGGAAGGAUAAAAGGAGAUGAGCUGUGUGUCGUCUGCGGGGACAGAGCGUCUGGUUACCACUACAAUGCCUUGACCUGCGAGGGGUGCAAAGGUUUCUUCAGGAGAAGCAUAACCAAAAAUGCUGUGUAUAAGUGCAAGAAUGGGGGCAGCUGUGUGAUGGACAUGUACAUGCGGAGAAAGUGCCAGGAGUGUCGGCUAAGGAAAUGCAAAGAGAUGGGGAUGCUGGCCGAAUGUAUGUAUACAGGCUUGCUGACUGAGAUCCAGUGUAAAUCUAAGCGGCUGAGGAAACACGUGAAGCAGCGUGCAGAUCAGACCAGCAGUGAAGACGGCGAAGGGCGUGAUGUGCGACAGGUGACCUCAACGACCAAGUCGUGCAGGGAGAAAACUGAACUCACCCCAGAUCAACAGAAUCUUCUUCAUUAUAUUAUGGAUUCAUACAGCAAACAGAGGAUGCCUCAGGAAAUAACAAACAAAAUUUUAAAAGAAGAAUUCAGUGCAGAAGAAAAUUUUCUCAUUUUAACUGAAAUGGCUACCAGUCAUGUACAGAUUCUUGUAGAAUUCACAAAAAAACUGCCAGGAUUUCAGACCCUGGACCAUGAAGACCAGAUUGCUUUGCUGAAAGGGUCUGCAGUUGAAGCGAUGUUCCUCCGUUCAGCUGAGAUUUUCAACAAGAAGCUGCCUGCAGGGCACGCCGAUCUGCUGGAAGAAAGAAUUCGCAAGAGUGGCAUCUCUGAUGAAUAUAUAACACCUAUGUUUAGUUUCUAUAAAAGUGUUGGAGAAUUAAAAAUGACUCAAGAAGAAUAUGCUCUACUUACAGCGAUUGUUAUCCUCUCUCCAGACAGACAGUACAUAAAAGACAGAGAAGCCGUGGAAAAGCUCCAGGAGCCUCUGCUGGAUGUGCUACAGAAGUUGUGCAAGAUCUACCAGCCUGAGAACCCCCAGCAUUUCGCCUGCCUGCUGGGCCGCCUGACGGAGCUACGGACUUUCAACCACCACCACGCGGAGAUGCUCAUGUCCUGGAGGGUGAACGACCACAAGUUCACCCCGCUCCUCUGUGAGAUCUGGGAUGUGCAGUGACUGGCGUGGCGGCAGCCAGGGCUAGGCUUCAGCCCUCUAGAAACCUGGUGUGUCCUUUCUUUCCUCUGCACCUGGUCUCCCAGAAAGAAGACUCUGGUUGAGAACUGAUGUAGGGAUCUUCUUCAACAUCCGCAGUUGUAAAUAUGGGGCCACCUUGCGUCUCAGGAGGCUGCAGGGAACCUUUCCUUCCUGUUUGCCCAGUUCAGUUGUUGUUACUUCAGUUCUCUCCAUCUGAAAUAGGAGGGAAAUGCUCUUUAUCUCAGCUUACUACAUAUAUGUUAUUAAAGAGUGUUCACUUCCGACAGCAGACGGAAA